AUGGACUCUCAAUUGAAAGAUACCAAUGGACCAGGAAGCUCAUCGAAAGUGUGCAAUGAGAAACCAGUAGAUCUCACGCCCACACGCUCAGUGGAUGAAGGUCAGAUAGACUCCGACGUGGAAGGAUUUGGGACAUUGCAUCGAACAUUAACCCCACGGCUGAUCCACAUAAUAUCCCUGGGUUCCAAUGUCGGAAGUGGCUUAUUCAUAGCGACGGGGAAGGCCCUGGCCGAGGGAGGCCCAGGAAACAUGUUCAUAGGUUAUUUAAUCGUCUGCAUCGGAGUCUGGGCCAACCUGCAAACAUUGGCUGAGAUGACAAUUGCUUUUCCCACGUCAGGCAAUUACAUCGACUACGCCGAUCGAUGGGUUGACCCAGCAUUGGCGUUUGGUGCUGGCCUUGCGGAAUGGCUAGGAUGGACGUCUGUGUUUGCGUCGGAAGCGACCUUUUUCGUGCUUUUAGUGGGCUUCUGGUCCUCCGGAGCCAUUCCUGAAGCAGCUUUGCUCACGAUAUUUCUGGUCUUCUGUCUGGCGGUGUUCUUGGUGCCUAACAAGUAUUUUGGCUGGCUUGAAUACUUCGGCUCCCUGGUCAAGGUGCUACUAUUCUUCUUUAUCACCAUAAUCUCGCUGGCGAUAAUCGGUGGUGCCGGUCCAUCAGGGUAUGUGCGAGACGGAAGCACAUGGACGGACCUACCGGCCUUUAAGAACGGUUUCGGAGGCUUCGCCAACGCCGCACUACUUGCUAUCUGGGGCACCGGUGACCAGGUCUUCAUCGGAGUCAUGGGUGGUGAAGCUGAAUCUCCUCGCUACUCCAUGGCACAUGCAGCCAAUCUAGUUCCAUGGCGAGUGGCAGUCUUCUAUCUGGUUUCUGUGGUUCUUGUCUCGAUCAUUGUUCCCUCAGACGAUUCACGCCUCCUAGGCGGUUCCAGUGUGACUACAUCCCCCUUUGUGAUUGCCGUCGAAGAUGCAGGAAUCAGAGGUAUUCCCAGUUUAAUUAAUGCAUGCUUAAUUAUCGGGAUCUUGGCCAUCGCUUUAGAAUGCAUAUUCCUCCCAUCCCGCAUUCUCCGCACUAUGGCCCUCCAGAACCUACUACCCUCGUUCAUUGCCAAGGUCGACGAAAAGGGUCGUCCAAGAUGGGCACUUGCCAUUACUUCCGUUGCGGCAGUCAUACUUACCUACAUGAGCUUGAGCGCCGGUGGUCUCGAAGUCCUCAACUGGCUCAUCGCCAUAACCAGCGCUUCUUUCUUCAUCAACUGGGCCAUCAUCGCCUUCACCUCGUUCCGCUUCCGCGCUGCCAUCAAAGCACAGAAAAGCACCCUCCUAACAAGUCCAGCUUACGCCUGGCACUCCCCCCUAUGGCCACUAGGCCCGGUCACUGCCCUUAUCAUCUCAACAUUACUUCUCGUCUGUAUUCUCUAUCUGGGAAUCAAGCCAAUCGACGAAUCCUUCUCAGCAUAUAACUUCUUCUCGUAUACCAUCGGACUCAUUCUGAUCAUUACUGCCACGGUCAUGUACAAGAUUGUCUUUCGAACUGAGUGGCGCAAUCCAGCCACUGCCGAUUUGGAUACUGGAAGGGCGGUGUUGACUGCAGAGGAGAUUCGGCGGUUGGAUAUGUAUUAUGAGAUGCCGCGGUGA